GUGCAUUUGGUGGAACUUCUCGUCGAUUUCCAAGGUGCUUAGGUGGGUCCCCUACCACUCGGGCCACUACCGUGAACACGGCCUGCUAUUUCUUCCGCCCUCCGUGGCUAGCGGCUAGCAGGCAAAGUAUCAAUUAGGUUAGGAGGAUGUACCUAAAAGUUGGAAGGCGUUGAUUUUGGGCAGAAGAACUGGAAGAACUGGCAGGUGUAGCCAAUUGCCUGCCUUUACCAGGUACGAACCUUCGCACCGUUAACCCCGCCAAAAGCAUUUGGGUGCCACACCCUCUGACCCCACGCUCAGGUCAUAAAGAUUUCCAUCAUUGACAAAUUUGUGACUCCCUGCACAAGACGAAAAUAAUAAUUGAUAUACCAGCACCAACAUAGUUCGCCACAUCGAAGCGCGCAAUCCUGACAACAACCCAAGGCCGAUUGUCAAGAAACUGUCGGCGAAGGAAGCAUCAUACUGGAUUUACGAACCGCAGAGAAAUUUUAAACCCCGCCUGCGCGCGUACGAUCUUGGGCCCAUCAGACAUUUUUAAGAUCUAGUAUUACUAUUUUCGCCCAAGAUGUCGUUGACAAACUGUCGCUUUUACGAGGAGAAGUAUCCGGAGAUCGAUAGCUUCGUCAUGGUCAAUGUGAAGCAGAUCGCCGAUAUGGGUGCCUACGUCAAACUCUUGGAAUACGAUAAUAUCGAUGGCAUGAUUCUACUAUCUGAACUUUCAAGGCGUCGUAUUCGAAGUAUUCAAAAGCUAAUCCGGGUUGGUCGCAAUGAAGUCGUGGUCGUCCUCCGAGUCGAUAAAGAGAAGGGAUAUAUCGAUCUUUCGAAGCGCCGAGUUUCUCCUGAGGAUAUCGUCAAGUGUGAGGAACGAUACAACAAGAGCAAGAUGGUCCAUUCCAUUAUGCGCCAUGUGGCCGAGAAGACUCAAACUCCCAUCGAAACCCUAUACGAGAGCAUAGCUUGGCCAUUGAACAAGAGAUACGGCCACUCCAUCGACGCGUUCAAGCUCUCCAUAACGAACCCGGAUGUAUGGAGCGAUAUCACAUUCCCGAGCGAGCCGGUAGCGGAGGAACUGAAGUCGUACAUUGGAAAGCGCUUGACGCCUCAGCCUACGAAGGUUCGUGCCGACAUCGAGGUCACCUGCUUCGAAUACGAUGGAAUCGAUGCUGUCAAGGCUGCCUUAAGAACGGCGGAGGCGCGGAAUACCGAAGAGAACCAGGUGAAAGUGAGACUGGUCUCCCCGCCGCUCUAUGUUUUAACAAGCACGUGCCUGGACAAGAACGUUGGCAUAAGCCGACUGGAGGAAGCCAUCGUGGAUAUCCGCAACAGCAUCACCGGCGCAGGUGGUCAACUCGUGGUCAAGAUGGAGCCUAAGGCAGUAACGGACUCGGAUGAUGCCGAACUACAGGCGCUGAUGGAGAAGCGCGAACGUGAGAACGCGGAGGUCAGUGGAGACGAGAGUGUUAGCGAGAGCGAUGACAACAUCCCCGUGACUGUCUAAGCUAUCCUAUCGUUCGACUUUGGUUCAUUUCAAUUAGUUCCACCACAAGGGGUGUACGGCUAGGUAAAGGGUACCAACCUAGAGGUCUUUGACAUUCACGGGUCAUAAAAAGUACCUAGCAUGCGAAUAGAGCAUUUUGUUUUUUUCGGAAUGAAGUAAAUACUCAAAA